UGUAAACAGGCUGAGAGGCUCGCUGUAAUCAUGUCCGCUAGGGGCUGUUAUGGUGGAGCAGGCUCACCACCGCCCCACGAAAUUUUCAAAGAAACGAGCGAAUUUACUGAAUAAUAAGGAAGUGGUCACUGGCUGAUUUAGCCAUUCCCCAACAGAGAGGAGGGCGCGUAAGAGGGGUGAUAACGAGGCUGAGUCGUCCAACGGGCAGACUUCAACUGCCACCCACGUCUUGCAGUGUUUAAAGCAAACUAAUAAAUACAUCAUAAUGCUGCCCGCAAACACCGUUUCCUCCUCGAGGUAAACAUUAAAUCACCACCACCCCCACGCCCGCUCCCUCUCAACACGGUGCCGGUAAAUAUCGCCAGAGUUCGCCAAAGGCAGCAACGAUGAACGUUCCCCAAAAGCGUGCUCCGCUCGUCGUGGUCACCGCGGUGCUGUGCGUGGCCGUGGGGCUGAGCCACGGCUCGCGAGUGAAGUUGAUCGACAACGGCUACGAGGGUUUGGUCAUCGCCAUCAACCCCGCCGUGCCGGAGGACCCCCAACUCGUCGACGCCAUAAAGGAUAUGAUCACAAAUGCAUCCUCUGACUUGUUCAGAGCAACAAAGUAUCGUUUCUACUUCCGGAAUGUCAAUAUUCUUAUUCCGGCAUCAUGGAAAACAAAUCCAAUCUACAACCGGCCAAAGUCUGAGUCCUAUGGAGCAGCAGAUGUGCUCAUUGUGCCCCGCGACGAUCCCACCGACAAUUCUCCGUACACGCACCAGUUUGGCCUGUGUGGGGAACCUGGCCAGUACAUUCACCUCACUCCAAACUUCCUCCUGACCAACCACUACUUGGAAGCAUACGGCCCCCGAGGAAAAGUCUUUGUCCAUGAAUGGGGCCACCUCCGUUGGGGACUUUAUGAUGAAUACAACGAUCAAGUGCCCUUCUAUUUGGAUAAAGGCAAAAUCGAGUUUACAAGGUGUUCCAAAGACUUAACGGGUGGUCACGUGAUGGUGAUGAGAAACGGUAGCGUCUCUACACGCAAUUGUAACAUUGAUCCCAAGACGGGCCUUCCAGAAGAAGGAUGCACAUUUUUCCCAGACGUGGAUCAGACAGCAUCAAGCUCCAUCAUGUCCAUCCAGGCCCUCGACAACGUCAAAGAAUUCUGCUCUGUAAACCAACACAACAAGGCCGCUCCCACCCUCCAUAACCGUCUGUGUGCCUCGAAGAGCACAUGGCAAAUCAUGCAGCGGCACAACGAUUUUAAGCUGAAAAUAAAACUGCCGGUCGGAACGGACACGCAGCCGUCAUUUACGCUCCUGCAGCCCACAUCCCGCGUCGUCACUCUCGUCUUGGACGUGUCUGGCAGCAUGAACGAGGCAAACCGUUUGCAAAGGAUGCGGCAGGCAUCUGAGAAUUUCAUCAUGAAAAUUUUGGACGCAGGAACAUUGAUAGGGAUCAUCGUUUUCAACAGCGGAGCAAGAACGAACCUUGCUAUGACGAGAAUAACCGACGAAGCGAGCCGUGUGGCAAUUAAAAACUACCUCCCCACAAGUGUCAACGGAGGAACCAAUGUGUGCGCGGGAGUCAGGCAUGCCUUUCAGGUUCUAAGGGCGCUGGAUGGUGAUGUGUCUGGAGAUGAGAUUGUUUUGCUGACUGACGGUGAAGACUCUGGUAUCAGCAGUUGUGUUGAUGACGUCCAAAAUAGUCAAUGCACCGUACACACCAUAGCCCUGGGACCAAACGCGGACCCAGCACUUGAGAAACUAACCAGCGCCGGAGGCAUGACUUUUUCUGCCAGUGACAACUUGGACACAAACAGUCUCGUGGACGCCUUCUCAUCUGCGAAGACAGACGAUGGCGAUACAAGCUCUCUUGUGCUACAGCUGGAAAGCACAGGUCAGUCCCUCAACAGUGGUGAGACAAUGAAAGGGGAAAUUCAAGUGGAUGCCUCCAUUGGGAACAACACCCAGUUUGUGGUCACGUGGCUGGCAAGCACCGUGCCAGAGAUGCACAUUAUUGACCCAGACAACUUUGAUUAUCAAAACAACAAGUUUGUCAUCGAUACGGCGUUCAAGACUGCACGGUUAACAAUCAAAGGCACUUCAAAGCCUGGUACGUGGACGUACAAAUUAACGAACAAACACUCGAUCAAAGACAACAUUGCGAUCUCGAUCACGAGCAGCCAGUCCAACAGUAACCUCCCACCUAUCGAGGUGAAAGUCGUCAAGCCAACGGAUAGCAACGAAAAGCUGAACGCCAUGCAGGUGUUCGCGGAGGUCAAGCAGGGCAGUACGCCCGUCGUGGGCGCCACCGUCAUCGCCACCAUCGAGAGGCCCCGCGAAAAGCCUCUCGAUCUGCAGCUGUUUGACAACGGGGCCGGUGCUGACGCCAAAAAGAAUGAUGGAAUUUAUUCCAGAUUCUUCGCACAGUUUACGGCAACUGGCCGAUACAGCUUAAAGGUCAAGGUUGUAGGAGAUAACAAAACGACACGUCUGGCCCCACAGAGAGGCUCGCGGUCCCUCUACAUUCCAGGGAAACGAAAGGCGAAUGGUGAACUGCAGGUGACGCAGCUGCCUCCCCCGGUGAUCAAGCAGGACCCGACGCCAGUCCCAGACUUCAUCCGGGUGGCGUCGGCAGGCUCCUUCCAGGUUGCGGUGCCGCCAGGCGGCAUGAAGGAUGUCUUUCCGCCGUGCCGCAUAACUGACCUCCAAGCUGAGCUGCAGACCUCCAGCUCUGUGACCCUCACGUGGACAGCCCCUGGAGGGGACGGUGACUUUGGACAAGCCGCAAUGUACAGGAUCAUGAUGAGCGACAGCGUUGAUGGCGUGCUGAAUGGCACGGACUUUCGCUUGGUGGAGAGAGAGGACCUGGCGUGGGGUGAUCUGAACGCCCCCGGGGUGGCGGGCAACAUCGAGAACUUCACCGUCACGACGACGGAGCUCUCCGCCGGCGACGAGCUGUACUUCUGCGUGCAGGCGAUCGACAGCAGCGACAACGUGGCGCCCCUCUCCAACGUGGCCUUCAUCACCUACGUCGUCGCUGCGACCACGAUCGCUCCGACCACGAUCGCUCCGACCACGGUCGCUCCGACCACGGUCGCUCCGACCACGGUCGCGCCGACCACAGCGGCACAUGCUGCGUCGCAUAGUAACACGAGCACCAUCAUCGCUGCCGUUGGAAUAUGUGUCUUGGUGUCGGCGUGCUUGCUCACAGGCAUCGUUUACCUAACUAAGAAUAGGAAAGGCGGCCAUUACCGAAUAUCGACGCAAGACAUGGCUUACCAGGAAAAAUUAGGCCAAGUGCAGGCGUUGACCGUUUUGAGUUCGGUGUCCAAUUCCCAAGUCGUUGCACCCAAUUCAUCGCCUGACUCCACGAAAGAUGCCUGUGAAAUAUUACUGUUCAAGGAUGCUUAAACUGUUGGAAUAUUCCCAGUUAUCGAUAUUUCGAGCUGAACAUAUAGUCUACAGAUCAAUGGUCACGCCAAAUAGCACAAUCGUUUGUUUUGACUAUCUCCCUUUUUUUUCUGUUUAACCAAUAAAAAAUAUUCUUGUUGUCUAAAAAUAUAUGUAAGAUUCCAUAAUGGCCCAAUAUAGUAUUCUGUUAAGCUGAAACUAACCACAUCAUAAUACUGGUGAGCUAAUCCCAAAAUAUACUCAACCGUUUUAUAAACAUUAUCAUGCUUAGGAUAUUCUCUGACACAGAAUCAUGGCACACGCACAGAGCUUAGCAAGCAGCAAUUCAAUUUUGCUUUUGGUAUUCAUUAUCUAAAUACACUUAUACAGAAGAAAAACAUGCUACAUAAGUGAGCGUAUGUUUACAGCAUGUCUAAGCUGUCUACAUUGCGACCUGAGCUAUGUUGUGAUAAAAUUAGAGCUCAUAUCAGCUUCAUACUCUUAGUUUUUUCGGUAAAGUCACGUAGGUAAGAAAAUUAAUUAAAAUUAAUAAAAAAAUAGAACAAUAAAAAUCACAACGUUUCGGAGUCAACACAAGCUUCCGUCUUCAGGUGAAACCGUCACAGCAAAAUAUCUGUACCUUAUAUAGUGGUUAAGGGGGGAGGAGGUAGGAAGGGCAGCGGGGGAGGAGGAGUUGUGAAGUGGUCAAUUACUGCUUUUGUUAUACUGCUGGGUGAGUAAAUGAAAUAUUGUUAUAUUUUUUAUUAAUUUUAAUUUCAUUUUUUACCUACGUGACUUUACCGAAAGAACUAAGAGUAUGAAUCAUUACAGUCACGAAAGCUUCAAAUCUAGAACUCAAAUCAGCUGUUAAACAAUAUGUAUGUAUGUUGAACUUCUUUCACACCGUACGUAGCCAACAGUGCUCCUCGGAGGUGUGGGGGAAGGACAACAAACUAAACACGAAAAUAAGUUCCAAAUAAAUUAGUUUUCAAUUAUAGAUUUAAAAUUUGCAUAGUCUCAGUGGCUUCCUAAUAUCGGAAAUAAGUAUAACCCGUAAAAACAAAGUUUUUCACUCUAAAUCCUUUAUAUGCGUGGCGGCUAGAGUCCUCUCGUCCUCUGGCUUGAGAUGGCUGCCACCUAUGGGUCAGAUUAUUGCCUGCCACCAUUAAGCAAUUGGUAAUUAAAUAUUUAAUUUGUUUUCCCUAAACAGUGUAAAAUUUUGGAAAUUUUUUUUCACGAACAUUAAUUGUCACGCACAACGAGUCUGUGUGCAAAAUGUCAGCUCGAUUGGAUCACGGGAAGUGGGUUAAAAAACGACCGAAAGGUUUGCACGGUCGUAAGCAAGCAAGCAAGCAAGCACGCAAGCAAGCAAGCGAACUUAAUAUAAUGGAUUUAAGAAGAGCAUUCCAGACCACUGCAGAAGCUCACCAUAAAUCGUGCGAUGCGGUGAACAUCUUUGUUCGAUGGCUAUCCAAAAGCGAUGCGAGGAUGAUCUUAGUUCAAGUGACGGUCUGAAGGCACGUUUGCUCACGUGACACAUUUAUGAACUGGCUGUGUCGAGUGGGUGAGGGUGUAUGACACAUAUUUUACUCACGUGACUUGACCCAAAAAUCUAUUACAAAUCAAUUUGCAGCCCUUCGUAAAUGCACUGUUGAGUGAAGGCCUCCUCGUGAUCACGUGGAUUUUUCACCCGGUCCUCCAGUUUUUUUCCCUCCACAUUUAGAAACGUGCGUUUAAAAGUAUUUGCCUGCCAUACAUUUCCACAUGAUAAGCCACUUCAUUAAGCUAUCAUUUGUGGCCAAGUUUCUGAAAAAGAGCUGUAUAGCUCAGUGGGCCUUACCUGGUAAAAUAAAAAUAGUAUUUUACAGUAUAAAAAGAGAAUUACACGCAACAAUGGAAUCGAAUGAGGCUAUUCACUUGUUUGUCUUCAUCACCGCCACCACUCCACCUGCUCAUGACGAUGGGACUAACGUUGCUGAUGGUCGUGGCAAUAAUCGCAAGUGCUUAUUGUUCUGGUUUCUGGAAAAUAGAUGAACAAGGAAGUGGGUAUCAUGAUCACAGUUUUUUCACUGUGGUCACACAGAUGCAUGAACAAACACACACCCUCUGUUGAUUCUAUGUGUGUGUAAUUAUCUUGUUUUCUAGGCCUGAGAACUAUAAUCGGGUUUUUUACUUUCACAUUUUAAAACGUGUUUUUUUAUAUUAAACUACUGUAAAGUUGUAUUGCUUUGUGUAUGUAGACCUCCGUCAGAAAAUAUUUGUCUUAUUUACUGAACGUUUUAGUUUCAUUGGCAGUAUAUUUCCAUAGCUGGAGACUGCACAAAUCCUUCCGAAACCACCACAGUCGCCUUUCCACUUGAACAAUUAUGCAGCAGAUGGCACCCUUGCUGUGCCCUGUGGUAGCCCAGUGCGCAAUGACUCCACUCCUAGAUAUCUAGGGGUGAUCAUGGACAGAAGCCUCACCUUCAAGCACCACAUAAAACACACGUGAAAAGCAUAUAACCCGUAAAAACAAAGUUUUUCACUAUAAAUCCUUUAAAUGCGUGGCGGCUAGAGUCCUCUCGUCCUCUGGCUUGAGAUGGCUGCCACCUAUGGGUCAGAUGAUUGUCUGCCAGUAUUAAGCAAUUGGUAAUUAAAUAUUUAAUUUGUUUUCCCUAAGCAGUGUAAAUUUUGGGGAAAAAAAUGUCACGAACAUUAAUUGUCUCGCACAACGAGUCUGUGUGCAAAAUGUCAGCUCGAUUGGAUCACGGGAAGUGGGUUAAAAAACGACCGAAAGAUUUGCACGGUCGUAAGCAAGCAAGCAAGCAAGCACGCAAGCACACAAGCACGCAAGCAAGCAAGCAAGCGAACUUAAUAUAAAGGAUUUAAUAAAGGAUUUAAAAACCAAGAAUCGCCCUGCUACAGAAACUUUCAGGAACGACCUGCCCGCCCUCUCACUGGUCUACUCAAUGGCAGAGCCAUUGUGUUCCAGCCUGGUCCGGAAGCUCCUUAACAAAACUGCUGGAUGCACAAUUGACAAAAUGUUCAUCAUAACCGGCAACACUGGAACUGACACCGAUCCCCUGGCUCCCUGUUGUGGCGAACAAUUCUGCCACCAAAUAUCCACAGAGACGCGCAAACUGCAAGGGAGUUUACACGUUAUCUCGUCAUUGACAACAUAUCCAUCAACCAAGACCUCAACGAUGUGCACCGCCGCCGGCGACUCAAUUCCCAUUCCCCCAAUGGUUCUAGAUUUGAAGUUUUCGUGACUGCAAGGAUUUAUACUCUUUGUUUUUUUCGGUAAAGUCACGUAGGUAAAAUAAAUUAAAAAACACGACGUUUCGGGCGCAACACAAGCGUCCUUCUUAUUGGGUUCGUGCUGUCACCAUCAUAGAAUAUCACCAACAUCCAGAAGAACACUGGUUAACAAGAGUGGAACAAGAUUAAGCAUCUCAUUCGAUACCCAAACAUCGCACCGCCUGGCUUUGACAUCGCUCCAAGACACUAGUGUAACCAUCAACCGCAAAAAAGAGAACAUCAACAGGCCAAUGCGCACGUAUCCUUCACAGCUGGAAGGUUAAAGACACAAGUCACAGUACGACUCUCUCCUGAAGCCGUGUCUCGUGGCUAGCAGACCCCAACAUUGGCAUUUAGCCACCUGAACAUUGCCAUCAUAACCUAGAAUAGAAUUGGCCAAAACUUAAUUGUGUCGAAACCCACUUGAAAUGCUUAAACGUGUGGAUAUCAUAACAUGUUGUGUAUCAAUGUUGAUAUAAAUA